CACCUGACAUCACGUCUGACACUGAACAGUUAGACAGGAGACUUCACACCGUCUUCACUGUCAGAUAUCGUCACUAGGGAGGAUGUGUACACAAAAGGCAAUAACAAUGCAAGUGUAAACAUGUCUUUACCAAGCGGCAAUCAUUCCUCUGUUAAUAUUUCUUCAGAAUACUUUAAAAAUUGUUUGAUUCAUCAAACAUCAAAUGAGUUCAAUGUAAGUCUCAUGCAGAUAAGAAUAAACACUUCACAUUUCAGUGCAAAAGGAAAAUGUACAAUAGUAGUAACUGUACCACACAACCACGUGGCUAAGAUUCAGGUGACGACGGACACACAGAGUGAUGAUUUCGACAUACAAGUCUAUGACAUUGGAAAAGAGUACAUACAACUCUUGCCUUACUACAUAGGUUCUGUAGAUGUCGUCUCUCUGACCAAUAAAAUCAAGACUGUGAUAUACAUUUAUAAUACUUCAAGUAUUCGAUUUUCUUUCUUUAUUAAUAUAUCCGCAGUUUCCAUUCCUCAGCUGGAAAUCAACUACACGACAGCCACCCAGGGCUUUGUUCAAACACCCAACUGGAUCGGAAGAACUCGGUAUCCACUCAUGGACAGCUGGGCUGAGAUACCUAUCCCAAGGCACCAUCAGAUAAUGGUCAGUUUUCAAGAAGUAGAUAUAGGAGGAUCUGAAGAAUGCAGACAUGAUAAAAUAUCUCUUUACAGUGAAGGCCAUCUCAAUAGCAGUUUGAUCCAUGAGAUAUGUACCACCCACAAGCCACCUGUUUCUCUGUACAAUGUCAGCAAGCUGUACAUUCACUUCAAGUCUGUGACAUUUUAUCCAGGGACAGGGUUUAGACUUUCAUUCUCUUUUCACGCCCUCUCCGCUCUUCCCCAACAACUGAGGGACGGCAGGUGGAACUGCUCUGUGCCGCACUGGCCCGACUUCCGCCUGCACUUCCCGUGUAACCUGGUGUCCGACUGCGUGGGCGGCGAGGACGAAGUGGACUGUCCUUACACCAGUCACGUGUGUGGUCCAGGCUUCCAGUCAGCUAAUGGCACAUGUCUGCAGUUUGUAAAGACAGACCGAAAUAUUUCGUGGAAGGCAGCUUCGGAAAUUUGCAAGUCUCGAGGUAUGCUGCUUAUGGCGGCGCAAACACCGACAGAAUGGGCAGCAACUCUUGAUCUUCUGCGAUAUCGUCCCUUUGAACGUUCGUUUUAUGGGCUUGUACUAUCUCCCCCUUCAUUGCCAUACAUGUACAGUCAAGGGUUCACAGGACUGGAUGGAAUAUUCAUUCAUUUUCUGCCAGUAGACUUUUAUUACGGAAUUAGUGGCUGCUUUGGCAUCCGUUUUCGUCCAAAAGACAUCUUAGAUAUAUUUUUACCACUGUGCGAUAUCAACAUGGCUUCUUUGUUGAUCUGCAAGUUUGCCGUUAGUGGCGACGACACUUUACCACAGAUGCCGGUGUCACUCACAGCCAACUGGUCAGUGGACGUCUUGCAGUGUCCGUCACUCCACUACACACACACUUUCCUCGCUUGUGAUGUCGAGAGUGAGUGCUGGGCGGACAAGUACGACAACGCUAAGACAUGUAGUACUCCUCUGACGUCACUUCCGCCUUCGUUCUCCUGUAUCAACGAGAUUCAACGUGUGCCCUACUCCCUUGUGUGCGAUCAUCGUCCUGACUGCAGCGAUAACAGCGACGAGAAUUUUUGCAUCUUUUUUACAUGUCCACUGAACAAAAAGCUGUUUGAGUGUUCAAACAAACAGUGCAUCCCAGAUCAUUUCAGAUGCGAUCAUUUUUGGCACUGCGCUGAUGGCUUAGACGAACUGAUGUGCAUCCAUCAAGAAUAUAUUCAUGUAAAAAAAAGUCAUCCUCCCCCUGCUAUCAUAGACAUCGACUCUAAUGGUAGGCUAAAAGCAGUAGAACCAAUAACAAUGAAAGAAAAAAUUAUGUGUCCCGAAACCCAUUUCCAGUGUCCAGGAGUUGACUUUUACUGUCUGCCCGUCUAUGUUCGCUGUAAUGGUGUCUUUGACUGUCCUGGUAAACAGGACGAGACGGCGUGUGACACCUACACCUGUCCCGGCUACUACCGCUGCCGCUCGUCACACGUCUGCCUGCACCCUGAUCACGUGUGUGACGGUUGGUCACAGUGUCCUGAGGGAGACGACGAGCUGCUGUGUGACCUUUCUUGUCCUGACACGUGUGUGUGUCACGGACUGGCCUUCACCUGCACGCAAAGGUUUGCAGCUAUCAAUUACCCUGAACUGCGGUAUCUUGACGCAAGUGGCUCGGGGAUGACCCCCAGAGAUGUUGUCAAUAACACCAUGAUUGUUUAUCUCAGCUUUAACAACUGUAACAUCAGUGUUCUAGACCAAAUGAACUUCGUUAACCUUCAAAUCCUUGACCUAAGUAACAACUAUAUUACCUCAUUCAGUUCUAAUAUAUUUGGAACACUACAUAACCUGAGGUCCUUGGAUCUUUCGGGUAAUCCACUUGCAUCUUUAAACCCAACUGACAGACCUUCUCAUCCAGCACUAGGACAAGUAAUAGGCCUUGAUGUUUCCAGAAUUAAGUUUUCAAUACUGGAUGUUAUGAUUUCUGAAACAUUUCCUAAUCUACGAAAACUCAAUCUCUCUGACUGCGGCGUUGAAACCAUUGCUGGCGAGUUGUUCACAAACCUGACUGAACUACGAAGUCUAGAUUUAAAGGGGUCUACUGUGAACUAUUUCCCACCACAAACAUUUACCUCCUUAAGUAAGUUAGAGUCCCUCUAUGCUGACAACUACAAGGUCUGUUGUCCAGCCUCCCUUCCCGAAGGAUUUAUUCUGCAAAAGUGUGAAGCGCCCUCUGACGAGAUCUCGUCCUGUGAUGCUCUCCUGCGCUCAGACACAUACCGUGUCUUCCUCUCGUUAUUCGCGUCUUUAGCUCUGAUGGGCAACGCGGGAAGUUUUAUUUACCGUGUGUUUAUCAGUAAGAAAACAAGCAACCUUGGUUUUGAUGUCUUUGUCACUAAUUUAAGUAUAGCUGACUUUGUGAUGGGUGUGUACCUGGCCAUCAUAGGAAUAGCUGACCGUGUGUACCUAGAAAACUACUUGUGGAACGACUUAAUAUGGAGAAAUAGUUUUGUGUGUAAGCUGGCCGGCUUUCUCUGUCUACUGUCUAGUGAAGUGUCAGCUUUCAUUAUCCUUCUCGUCACAUUAGACCGAUUACUUGUCAUCAAUUUUCCUUUCAGCGUCUUUCACUUCGUUAAACGUUCGGCGUGGAUUGCUUCAGUUAUGACGUGGAGUGUAGGCUUCAUUAUCGCUCUCAUUCCUUUGCUUCCGUCAACAGCAGACUGGAACUUCUACAAUAAAAACGGUAUCUGCAUUCCAAUCUCAAUCGCGAAUAAAGACUUUUACGGAAAAGACUAUGCUACCGGUAUCAUGAUUAUCCUGAACGGUAUUCUCUUUCUUUUUAUUGCCGCUGGUCAGUUUUUCAUCUUUUUGUCUGUAAGAAUUAACAGUAUUCCAAAUUCCGACACAUCCAAGAAGACCAAGGACCUGACCAUCGCCCGUCGACUGAUGACAGUGGUUGUGUCUGACUUUUGCUGCAAGUUCCCCGUGGCCUUGCUGGGACUUCUAGCGGCCCGCGGCACGCCAGUCUCUAGUGAGGUCAUCGUCGCUCUCGUCAUCUUCAUUGUUCCACUUAACUCCGCUCUCAACCCCUUCCUGUACACUUUGAACGUUUUGAUUGAGCGAAGGCGAAAGUCGAAAGAAAUGAUGUUGAAGAAGCAUUUAAUAUCGCUGCUAGAACAAAAAAACUUGUCGAAGUAAGCGGCAUCUAAGAGAAUUUUUUUUAAUAAUUGCAGCUCCAACAGGCGUAAGUAGCUCAUUUCUACAAUAUUUAUUUCAGUGAUAAAGGCGGCUCUGGUCCUGUACAUCUUUGUCUUGCUAAUGCAAUUAUCUACCUCAAUUCCUGCUUUAUACAUCAGAAAAACUACGUGAUUUUUGUACGUUUAAUAAAUGACUGAGAUUUACUAUGUAUACACUAUUAACUGAAAUACAAAACUUGUUAAUACAUGUAUUGACAACAAAUCACGUUUUCAACACAAGUAAUAUGAGUUUUGUACAGCCGAAAUUUAUAAGGGUUUAGUACAUAGGGCCUAAACGGUAUACAAAUAUUUAAACAAUAUAUUUAUAUUUAUUGAGGAUGCCAGCGACUGUUUGGGAUUUUUAUGCCCAUAUCGUUUACUUUAAUAUAAAAUUUUAUUCCUUAAUCUAAGUCGAUGUUGGUUUAACACUGAGACUUGGUUUAAACCUGCUGGCUUUUACUGACUGUGUACAUUAACCACUUGGUUCCACCAUCCACCACUGGGCCUACAGUAUCACAUGGAUGCUGAUGAUACACAGCUGCUAGUGUCUGGCGUCGUUCACAGCUGUAGCAGGUCCACACCAUCACACAACACACACUUUAUUGUGUAAAAGUCUGUUGGAGAACAAACUGGACAUGAAUGAUGACAUGAGUAAGGUCUGUCACACAGCCUCUGAAAAAACUCAAAUGUCUUUCAUUCAUACACAAGAGAAAUAAAAGUAUUUUUAUAAAUCAACGGGAGGUAAGCGGUAAAUAUUUAAUGCUUAUUGUAGAACGCUAAACAUGUUUUGGUAAAAUUUAGUCGUUUACAGCCAAAGAAAGACGAGAGGAAACAAAUAAUAAAAGUAAAAACCUAAGUAUAAAAGUACGAUGGUUACAGUCAAGUGGGGCAGGUUAUGAGGUUACGGGUUACAGGUGUAACAAAAAUUACAAUCAUUAUAAAUAAGUGGAACCAAGUGUUUUAUAUUUUAAGACCUUGAGCUUUUAAUUAUUCACAAUAUCGAUGAUUUGGAUUUUUUUUUUUUUUGACACGUAAAACAGCUAAAUUUUCAGUAGCAUGUGUUCAUGGUAAAUACGAUGCUCAGGGAAUAUUUAUAUAGCUAUUGUAAAUGUUAAUAAUUAUUUUCACACAAGUAAUCUGUUGGUUCCAGAUAUCGUCUGCAAAACCCAAUCCACACUUCUAACCUGAUACUCUUAAAACAGAACUUAGCUGUGAAUGUGAAGGCCACUUAUUGGAUAUUUUAUCAACAAUACUUUAAAUCGUAAAUAAUAUUUAUAUAGUUAUAUAUAUAUAUGUUGUACGAUAGUAUUC